CCGGAGCGGAGGGAGCCGGGGAGGAGGGUUCAAGGGGCAGGAGGGGAUUCAGGGGGGUCCCCCAGGGCAGCCGGGUUCCGGAGACGGGGGGUAGGAGCCGGCCCCUCCGGCUCUGGGCACAGCAGGCAGAGAGCAGGGCUGUGCAGGGAGAGUGGGGCUGUGGCCCCUUUGUGCCAUGGCAGGGUCAGGCCAUGGCUCUGGUGGCCCCCAGCCCUCAUCCCCUCGUUACCGGUACCUGGACCUGCUCUUCGCCGUCCUGGGCACUGCUGCUUUCUUGGUAGACCUGGUCGCUGAUCUGUGGGUGGCCUCCAGCUACAUGCAGGCUGGGCACUGUCUCUGGGGGGGGCUGGUGCUGGCACUGCUGGGCCUCUCCUCCCUGGCCAUGCAGUUCUUCAGCUGGGCCUGGUACCAGACGGACAACAUCGAGCAGGACCUUCCCAGUUGCUGCUGCCUGGCUGUGGUGCACCUCUUCCAGCUGGGCUAUCUCUACAGGUGUCUCCGUAUGCUGAGAGUGGGCUGGCGAGUAUGCAGGGCAGAGACUGCACCACAGCAGGAGCGAGGCUACGCUGUCUUCCUGUCCCACGACAUCAGCAUGCUGCGCCUCUUUGAGACCUUCCUGGAGAGCACCCCUCAGCUCACGCUUGCUCUUUCCAUUGUUCUGCAUACAAACAAGGUGGAGCUUUUCCAGGGGCUUGGGAUUUGCACUGCCUCCCUAUGCGUGGCAUGGUCACUACUGGAUUAUCACCAGUCCCUCCGCUGCUUCCUGUUGGACAAGCAUGAGCUGGGCCCGCUCUCCUCCACCAUCUACUUUCUGUGGAAUUUCCUCCUCCUCUGCCCCCGCGUCCUGGCAGUCGCACUCUUCGCCACACUCUUCCCGUCCUACAUCGGCCUGCACUUCCUGGGUAUCUGGACUGCCAUGCUCCUCUGGGUCUGGCUGCAGGACACUGCCUUCAUGGAGUGCCCCAGGCGGGAAUGGCUCUACAGGGCAACGGUGGCCGUGAUUCUAUAUUUCUGCUGGUUCAACGUGGCCAAGGGGCAGACGCGGCAGCGCAGCGCAAUCUAUCACAGCUUCAUCCUGGUGGACAGUGUGCUCCUCGCUGGCUCCUGGCUCUGGUACAAUGCCCCUCUGCGUGAGCGCUCCUAUCUGCUCCCUGUGCUUCUCGCUGCCCUGGUCUGCUCUGUGCUCGGGGUGCUGCUGAGAAUCAUCUACUACAAGUGGCUCCACCCCACGCUGCAGACCCGGCGCCAGGCGAGCUAUGAUGAAGUAGACACUGCAGAAGGACUAGCCCAUUUCCGAGCUAGCCCAGCGCCAGCCCCUGUGAACAGACGAAUGUACCAGCUGUCCCAGAACCACUUCUUGGUCUCUUUGCAGGCCGGACAAAACUGGGGGAAUGGUGUCCUAGAUGACAUGUCUCUCUGAGCACAGCUGUCCUGCUCCAGGCAGAGGGAUUUACACCUCAGGGAUCUGUGCUGGGGGAUCCCAUUCCAGACCUGGCUCCAGCGUUCCAGGGCCCGAGCACCACACCUACGGAAAGGGCAGCUGUGGCAGGGAGAGGAGGUUGGAGAGAGCUGGGCGGGCCGAGAGCACUGGCACUUAGUAGCUGUGACCCCUGUUCUGGGCUGGCUCUUCCCGUGGGAAAGGCAAUGCAGCAAGUGUCAGGAGAAACCCGCUAGAAGAGUGCUGGCUGCCGAGUGGGCUCAGCAGCAAGUUAACCCUUUAUUGUCAGGCCUCUGCCCUGGGACCUGCUCCCCUACAGCAAACUCCUCACUUCUUCCUGCUGGUUUCUGUGGCCUCCCCCCACUGCCCUGUUGAGCCCCAUCCCCAUUUCCCUGCCACGCUCUCCCCUGCUUUGUUUCAGCAGAGUUCAAUGGGAAACUGUGCUGUUCUUGGCAGGACCUGCUAGAUUUUCCAUUUGUCUGGGAUUUCCCUGCACUUGUGUUUUGUUGCUGAUUUCAAAGCUUCCCUGUAGUAGUGGGUAACCCAUGGCACUGCUGGAGGGUUUUCCAGCCAGCUGCAAAAGGUCAGUACCAGCUGAAACAGUGUGGUGGGAGGGAGUUGGAGGCCAGGAUGGAUGACUUGUUGGUGCCAGCUGCCCCUUAUGCCCAAGCAGUACAGGGUGACCCUGAACACCCACCCCCUAGUAGCCACCCAUCUGGUGUUGUGCAGGAGGGUUGGAAAUCCAGAUCAAAAGCUUCCCCCACAGCCUCAGCCCUAUCCCCGCCCCCACCAAUCUCACACCACCCCAAGGGGCAGGGCAGGGAGCUGUGGGUCUACAGAGAUGUGCCUUGUGGGGCAAGGGAGGGAAACCCUUUUCCCCACAUGGCCCAUACUGGUGAAACAUCCCCUGCACCUGGAGGGGGGGCUUUCCCCACCCACCCUGCAUGGACCCAUGGUAUUUCCACACCGUCCUCCAGGCCCAUGGGUGGGGGAGGAGUGGAGGCGCUGUCCCUAUUAUUCACAGGCGAGAGGGGUGCUGUCUUUGGCUGUGGAGUAAUUUGUUUCCUCCUCUUUCCAUACCUCCUGUGAGAAUGACUGUGGGUUGCUAGAGCCCCAGACGGUGGGCAAAUGAGUCAGGCAGACACUCAGAAGGGGUUUUUCCCCCAGGCAGGACUCAAAUUUGCUAGCGGCCUGGAGCGUCUUGUGUCACUGCCGGGUAGCUGCAGCCCAAAGCACAUGCCUGGGAAAACGUCAUGAACUGGCAGCACUGAGACUGGGCCCACCCAGGUGGGGAUGGGGGUAACUGCACACUGGACUGGACUGGGACAAGUACUGCUCCCAGCUGGCCUGUGCAAAGCAGGGUGGAUUGAUUAAAAUCAAUUAUUUAAAUCAAUUUCUCCAUUUGUGCUUCAGUCGUUUUUUAAAGGAAGUGAGAUAAACAUGUUGACUUACAACCCCAGAGAGGCUUGACACUAGAUUUGGAACAGCUUUUUGCUACCUCAGAGAGUACACUACAACGAUAUACAUUUAUGUAAGCAAUUAUACAGCUUAAUAUUUUCAGAUUCUUAACUGUACAUUUUUAGUAUGUUAGAAAAUGGUGAUUUACUAGAUAACUUCUUGCUCAUUUGUGUCAAGCUUUGUUAGGAUGGUAACUGGAAUUUAAACAAACAAAACAAUAUAAAAUUUAUUUUUAUUAAACAAAACUACCUUAAAAGUUGUUUUACAUAAAUGUCUUAUCAAAACAUGUUUCACAUUUAUAACAAUGAUUUAUCAAAGAGAGGGAUUAACUGGUCAGUGAAUUAAACUGAUUAUUUCAGAUGUGAUAAUUGGUCUAAAACUUUUGCCUUCUUGGGAAUUUACAUGGAAAGCAGGGCAAGUUAUUUUCAAUAAAGAAAGCAUGUUAUAAACAGGUGCAAGAGAACCAGACCAAGUAAACCAAAAAGGCCAUUCUGAUAUAAUCCAAAGCCUGUUGAAAUUAUGCUUGUUAAAAACAGAUGAUGGAGCCAGAAGUUAAUAUACCAAGAUCGGUGUGCCUUGCAUCUUUUUGGUGCACUGUUUACAUUCAGCACGUGUUCUUUUUUUUACCCAGAGGUACGGGAAUCUCUCAAAACUAUUCUAAUAGGGUCUUUUUUACAACCUGCAGCCAUGGUAGCUAUUUCUCCCCCAGUUUCCAGGUGUUGAAAUCAGAACUAAGGCUGCACACAAGAAUGUAGUCCCUUCUUCCCAGUGCAGUUUUGACACUGGUGUUGCUCCUUUCUGGUUGCACAAUCUGCUCCUUCUCCCCUGUUACAUAACUUCCCUGCCCGCCCAAAGAACUAACAGCAAUCCAAGACUUCUGCUUGUGUAACCCACAUGCCUGUUGCACUGCAGUAUUGCACUUGUUUAGAGACAGAGGGAGGCAGUUCAGAAGUUAGUGGAUGUCUGUGCACACACGCGAGGCCAUUUACUGGAAGUGCCCAGCCCCAUUCAGAAGCGAGGGCUAGGAGUUACUAGGCAGAUCAGUGUUUUUUCAUGAGCUGGAGAAUAAGUGUCCAUAGCGGAUGGAGUCAUAAAUAUUCAUAAUUUGAAAACUGAGGCCAUAAGGGCUCAGGUAGGGGCAAGCUAUAAAAAAAAGGAGUAUGAGAUCCCCACCCCCGAGAAAGCUCAAUGGAUGAGCCUGACGAGAUACAUGAUGGCAUAU